AUGGUCGAUCACCGCUGGAUGCAACAAGCAUGCGUGGUGGUUCUCGCGACAUUCCUGGUCGUGGCCGUUGCUGCUUCAGGGAGGAAACGAAGCGCUGCUAAAGAGGACGACCCUCCACGAUCGUCUUCUAGCAGUGCCUCCACCACCGACGGGCCUCGCCAUCGACAACGUUCGUCGUCCGAGAAGACGUCAACCACGAAAAUGCAUGAGCUGGGUAUCUCCAUGGCUCGACUCUCUGCCCUUCCCCGUCGGAUUUCGUCUACCAUGAGCAAUCCAGCCUCAGAGGAGUACGACAAGAAGACGGACUUGUUCCACGAAGGACGCAACCAAGGGGGCAAGCUUGUGGUCAUCAUGGUCGGCCUGCCCGGGCGCGGCAAGUCGUACAUGGCUCGCAAGGUCGCUCGCUAUCUCAACUGGAUCAACUACUCCACCCGGGUGUUUAACAUCGGCAACUACCGCCGCAAACUUCUCGGAGCGGACCACAGCGCCAAGUUUUUCGAUCCGGACAACGCCGACGGCAAGAAGCAGCGCAUGGACAUGGCCGAGGCUGCCAUGGAUGAUAUGCUGCAAUAUUUGAGCAACGAAGGCGAAGUCGCCAUCUACGACGGUACGAACUCGACGUUGGAACGCCGCCUGUGGAUCCAAGAUCGAAUCUCUCAAACCGAUGGGUUCCACUUGCUCUUUAUUGAAAGCAUUUGCGAAGACGAACGCAUCAUUGAGCGCAAUAUCAUUGACACUAAACUUCGGUCACCCGACUACAAAGCGACGUCCCCUGACGACGCUGUCACAGAUUUUCGCAAUCGGAUUGCAAUGUAUCGCAAAAACUACGAGGCAUUGGGAGAUGCGGACGAGAUCUUUUCGUAUGUGAAAAUGAUUGACGCGGGAACCAAGUUGAUUAUGAACCGCAUCCACGGGUACCUUCCGAUGAAGAUCCUGUCGUUUAUCAGCAAUUUGCACAUUGUGCCACGACCAAUCUACAUGACAUGUCAUGGCGAGAGCGUCAACUCGGUCGUCCAGCGUCUCGGCGGCGAUUCGGACCUGACGCCUCGCGGCAUCGCCUUUAGCGAGGCCUUGGGUCAGUUUGUCGCACAGAACGUGUCCAAGGACAUGUCAUUGUGGUACUCAACGGCCAAAUGCGCGCGGCAGACGGCGGCGGCCGUCCCGAGCGACGUGCGGGUGCAGUGGCGGGCGCUGCGGGGCCUCGAGGCGGGCAUGUAUAAUGCACUCACCAAGACCGAGUUUCAGCUACACCAUCCCACCGAACAUACACUCCGAGCCGAGAAUUGCUUGUGGUACCGGUACCCCCUGGGCGAGAGCUACAUGGACGUACUGAGUCGCCUCGAGCCAGUGAUUUUCGAGCUCGAACGCAGUCGUGCGCCUGUGGUAAUCGUCGCACACGUCGAAGUGCUCCGGUGCUUAUAUGCCUACUUUCUGGACCUGCCUAUCCUGGACAUCCCCAACGUCCACGCCCCUCUUAAUGAGGUCAUUGAGCUGCAUACGACCGCGUACGAGUGCUUGGAGAGGCGGCAUUUGCUACUGCCACCACCUUGUCCGUAA